CAACUGAAGUUUUUCUUUUUGGUACUCCACUUUUUUAAAAGAGGAGAAUAGACCCUACAUUAUUAAUUGUUAUUGUCUAUGAAAUACAUAUUAGGCUACUGGGGAUUUUAAUUUGCAUUUUAGAACGAGGUGCAACUUCCACUGACGAAGAUCACUGACUUGCACAGGGGAGACACCGAAAGCUCUCCCCCAACUAUGGAAACAGAGGCCACUGAUGGAUACUCUGCAAGUAACGGAGACUGCUCUCCCAGGAAGACAGAGAACUCUAGAAUGUUGGUGGACCUGUCGGGAAACACACCCAAAGGACAGCAGCUCCAGCAUCCUAAUUCACCCACUGAAAACACAGUCAAACAGGAAGAUGAGACAGAAGAUGAAGGGGACAGGAGGACCACAGCAGAGGACAUGGGCCAAAGCGGGGAAGAGGGAUCAGGAUUGGAGGAGCCCAUGAUUGACAGCCCAAACAACCUACAGGAUGGGGUCCCUGGGUCAGAAGGUUCAUGUGACCCAGGAACUCAGCUGCCCAAUGGUGAUAGGCCGUUCCAGUGUAACCAGUGUGGCGUGUCGUUCACUCAGAAGGGCAACCUGUUGAGACACAUUAAGCUGCACACAGGGGAGAAGCCCUUCAAAUGUCCGUUCUGCAGCUACGCCUGCCGCCGUCGUGACGCACUCACAGGCCACCUACGCACACACUCAGUGGGCAAACCACACAAGUGCAACUACUGUGGGCGGAGCUACAAACAGAGGAUUUCAUUGGAGGAGCAUAAAGAGCGUUGCCAUAACUACCUUCAGAGUGUUGCCAUGGAUCCCACCUCCAACACCGGGCCUUAUCCAGGUGAGGUCCCUAAAGAGCAGAGGCCCCUGGCCGAGGCUGUUACCAUGGCAACCUUCGACCGCCCACCCGUCAUCGAGAGACUGCAGAGUAACAUGGGGAAGAGGAAGAGCACCACCCCACAGAAGUUUGUGGGUGAGAAGAUGAUGCGCUACAGUUACCCAGAGCUGAGCUAUGAGAUGAGUCUGAAGUAUGAGAAGGAGGCAGAGCUGAUGCAGGCUCACAUGAUGGACCAGGCUAUCAACAACGCCAUCUCUUACCUGGGCUCUGACUCCCUGAGACCCAUGGUCCACCACCCCCACCCGCACGGUCCACACGGUCCACACGGUCCACACCCAUCCCUCACAAUGGCUGAGGUGGUACCCAUGGGCAACCCCCUCUUCCAACAUGUCUACCCCCUGGAACCAGGGCCGGGGCACCGUAUGGACCGACCACGCAGCCGGGACGCCCCACCUCAACCUUCACCUCUGCCACCUCUUCUUCCUGACUUUCCUCCCUCCUCCAACGGGCCCAACGCCCUCACCAGACCCAAGCAUCACCAUCCCCAGGGUACCAGAGAGGAGAGAGAGUGUCCUAGCAACAGUGGGCUGGACUCGGCCGAAUCCACCCGGAGCAGCCCACAGGAGAGGUUGGGUUACCACAGGAACCACAGGAACAACCCCUAUCCCCGACCCAGGUCCAGACCCAGCCCAACCAAUGGCGGCAGAGAGGAGGGGCGAGGCGGGGCUGAGGUGGGGUUGACAGCGGAGGUGGCCCGGGGAGAGGCGGCAGAGACGCCGAUGAGUCGGGACGGGGUGCGUGUGUUUGGGCGAGAGGGGCGGGAGGUGAGGGUGUUCCAGUGUGAGCACUGCUGUGUUCUCUUCCUGGACCACGUUAUGUACACCAUCCACAUGGGCUGUCAUGGUUACAGGGACCCGCUGGAGUGCAACAUCUGUGGCCACCGCAGUAAGGACCGCUACGAGUUCUCAUCUCACAUUGUCCGUGGGGAACACACCUUCCAGUAGAGGGCUGGACAAGACAGGAGCUGUCCCUGGUCCCUCCCCAUCCCCACACCAGGACAGUGAUGUUGAACUAACUGUGUGUGAUCAAUGCAAUCAACCAAGACAGAGAAAACUAACCAACAUUUGCUGCAGCAUAAUGAUACUAACUAUAUCAUCCAAACAAACAUAUGAAGGUCUGGCCAAAUACAAAUUUUAAUUUUUCAAGGUGUUUUGAAGAUUGUGAGGUUGAGAUUUGCAUCUCAAGUGAGGGAUUUUUUUUUGUGUGAAAAAGAAGACAAAGAAUAAGUACACCUAUUCAAUUGUGUCUCUGAGAUUGUCAAAGAGCAACCAAUACUGUGAGUAGUUAUAUUAUAGUUUCAUAAGUCUUAUCACUGUCCCUGUCUUGCAUACUGUAUUGUUGCACUUGUUUGCUGCAACACAGACUGCCAUGUAAAGGCUCAACUUAUCAAGGGGGCUUUCCCUGACUCCACCACCCAAACCAUUUCAUGCAACAUACAUAUUCUCUGUCUUAUGUCAAAAGCCUUGCUAACUGCUAACUGCAUGUGUUGUCACACCAGCCACAUUAGAGAAUGACCUUUUCUGCAGAGGUAGAGAGAGAAGAGAGAGGGAGAGAGAGACAGAGAGAGAGAGACAGAGAGAGGGAGAGAGAGA